CUUAGACAAAACAACAACAUUCAGUCUACGUUAUGGCCACCGCUAUCUAUAUAACUGCGAUUUUGAUAUUGAUAUAAUAGCAGCAUGACGAAUGGAUUAUCUUUAUGGGCAAUUAUUCGCGUCUGAUACUGCUCUUCUAUUAAGCAGAGGUUCGGUAUCAUCGCUACACUAAUAAACACACUUAUAUCAGCAUGUCUCGAUCUGCCGGCUUCGGUCCUGCGUAUACCUACGACAAUGCAGCUGGGGUGGGAUUUCGUCAGUGGGAAAUACGUCCACUUAAGCAUGUUGGCGCCGAAUGGCAUCGCCGUCCUCCCAGACCCGGCUCAGUUGGAAGGGCACCAACUGAAGCAAGGCCAGGCCGUAGUAAAAAGGGGGCCCGCAGUUUUCUUGACAUGAUAAUCAGAGUCGUCGCGGACAAUGCUGCGGCUCUUGAGAUAGGGCAAUUAGACGACAUCCCUUUUCGAAUAACAUACCGCGUUUGGAAAAUCCUUGUUGGAGAGCGCCAGCCUAUACCGUUACAAUCAUAUAUAGUUCUCGCAACGUGUCUUGCUAAGCAACACCGGCAAGACGAAAUGCCCCGGCCAAUGCCAGGAGGCCUUUUUCGCUUCAACUAUGCCGUGUCAUCUCCGUUUGGGCCCUUGAAUACCUACUUAAAACCACUUACGUCAAACUCCUUCGACUUCAUCGUACAUCUUACUUUUGCCCAUUGCAACACCUCGUUUUCUGAACAUGAAUUUUUAUCGCUAGCACUUCUCAAAAAUCUGGGCGUGCUGGAAAUAUUGCAGCCAAGGCGUUCCAAUAUCCAAGUAUUCCCUCGCAUAACUGACUCCAUAAUCAGACACUGGUCCGAGGUGCCAAACCCGUUCCCCGUCCUUCGAGUCUUAAGGAUUUGGGGGUAUGAUUUCACCACGUUCAGAUCGUUAACUUACCUGUUAAAAUUUCCCUCUCUUGUCGUUUACGAUGUCGCCGGCUGGCGUAGGGACUGGGAUCAGCAGCUGUACCUUCCGGACCCUAAUUGGGACUGGGAUGGAAGUCGUUUUAUUGCUGAGCUACACGAUUGCAUGUUUAAAUACUUCAAUGCGCAUUACCCAAGUUCCAUCCCCACCCCACUCACGCAACAUCAUAACAGUAGUGAAACGGAACAUCCUAUACUAAACCAUGAGGUGGGAAGCUAUGGGAUGCCAGGCGCCCAGGCCCAGAAGGUCAUGAUCCUAAAGAGAGACCAUAUACCGUCUCAACCCGAUACCAUGGUAUCAGAAAUAGAUAACCUAUGUCAUGAUAUUUGUCUUCACUUUUUAGCAUACCUGCUUUAUUGCCAGAUUGGCCGAUUAUGGUCGGAUAGGGACUUGGCCUCACAGGGCGUGAGUGAUACUGAGAAGGCCUUUGUUACAGAUAACUUUCGUCUUAUUCCACCCAGGCCUUACAUCUCGAUAAACUUUGGUUCGUGCUGCAACCAUAUGAGUAACCGAUUAGCGGAGAUGUUUCAUCCCACUCCGGAACCAUCAUGCCCCUGCGAGGGUUAUGCCACUCUUUUUCAGGGACACUACACUUUUAUACGAAAGAAGAAUGACACGGGAAAACGCGAGUAUCAGCCUAGUUCAAGCCACGGGCUAUCCGGUAGCAACGGUCCAUCCGACAGGUCAGCCUCCAAUCCAAGGCUACGAAAGAAACGGAAGAUGUUCUCUAUGGAGGAUCUUUAGGUUAACAGAUGCUUAAUUAUAUUUAGACUGGGGGACUACGCGGCUAAGAUGAUACUUAAGAAGAUCUUAUCUAUGAGUAUUAACGUCACUAGAUACUUUUAGAUACGUACGGUACUAUUUUACUACCUACCUAUAUUUUGAAGCUGGUAAGCUAUAGUUAAUUGGUAUGGAGCUAGAAGAAUAUCCAAGUGUUAAUCUGGCAUGAGAACCAAUGGAAGAUAUUGAACAAUGCUAACUUAGGC